AUGUCGCUCAAGCACCUCAAGCCGAUCACCAUCACGCGCAACUCGUCGCUCGCCGACGGCUAUCAGCUCUUUCCCAUUGCCGACAAAUGGGCAGAGACGCUGCCGGACAGCGUCCCGCUCCAGUUCUCGCUCUUUCGCUACUUGGGGUUCUACGUGGCGUGCACGAAGAAGGGCAAGUCGACGGUCGUCAAGUCCCGUGCAGUCGCAGCGCUGCGCGUGACGAUUCAGAACGACGGCAAAGUGGUGUUCAAUGAGCGAGUGGGGACGGCCUUCCCCAAUGGCGUCUACUACGUGCAGGACAUUCGCCUCGAGAACGCUGGCGUGCACACUGUGUGUGUGACGGUCGAGGGCGGACUGGCCGAUGACUUGGCACCGCUCGUGCUCACGACGCACGUGUUUGAGUUCAUGGAGCUGCACGAGUGUCCCGAGUUGGCGAAAGGAGCGUACCAACCGCUGCGAGAGUUUGUCCUCACGUGCAUUAACAAGGGACAAGGCGAACGACUGCGGGACGACGCAUUCGUCGAGACUUAUGUGCAGACGAAGAAACACGGGAUACGGAAUAUGGACGCGCGGUGGUGGCUCAAAGCGUUUGUUGAACACACGCUCGAUCGUGAAAAGCGCCAGCGUCUUCUCCAGCUCAACGCUGCGACGCAUUCUUGCCGACGUUCUCACAAACGCAAACAGGAUCGACCACGCCGUACAGCGGACAAGAGAGAGCACGAUAACUUGUUUGCUUAUCGGCAACGUGAUUGGAAGCGCGUACGCGCCGGAGAAGUGCUCAUGUUCACGACGGAGCCACUACACGCGGGGGCGACGACGACGGUCUUCAGCAGCAAGGAGAUGUUCCGCCAACUAAGUCUCUAUGCUCAAGUCUAA